AUGCGCAUGCGCGGUCUCCCCGGCAGAGGCAGUACGUGCAUGUAUGUGUGUUGUGUUCCAGCGCUGCUCCGCUGGUUUGAUGCUAUUGUCCGCUGGUCUCAACCAGAGGUGUCCGACCGAGAGGUAACAGGAGCCGAGAUGGCCGAGGUCAGCUUAGGCAAACGCAAGGAGAAGUGUGAAAACUGCACCAAACAGUGCAUUAAGAAGCAGACGGGGGAUGAGGACUCACGGCACCACAGCACAGAAGUGUCUGCUCAGGAGGGGGGCGGGGCUCAGCUGCUGCUCAGCGCCUGUCUGUCCUGUGACGGCUGUCUGUCAGAGGAGGAGACCCUGAUGAUCUCACAGCAGAGUCUGGAGGACCUGCACCGAGUCCUGGAACUCAACAAGAAGUGUGACGCGUCCAAACACAAGGUGCUAGUGGUCUCCAUCUGCCCACAGUCUCUGCCAUUCUUCGCCGUCAAGUUUGGACUGGACGUCAGCGAGGCGGCUCACAAACUCUGCACUUUCUUGAAGAGUAUAGGCGUGGCGUACGUGCUGGACACAACGGUGGCCUCAGGCUUCAGCAUCCUGGAGAGCCAGACAGAGUUCGUAUCCAGGUACCGGAGGAGGAGCCACGACAGCCUGGCCCUGCCCAUGUUCACCUCCUCCUGCCCGGGGUGGAUCCGGUAUGCAGAGCGCGUUCUGGGCAGCCUGGUGACCCCUCACAUCUGCACGGCCCGCUCCCCGCAGCAGGUCAUGGGCUGCCUGGUCAAGGACUACUUCUGCAAACAGAAGAAGCUGAGCCCAGAGAAGCUGUAUCAUGUGGUGAUCGCUCCGUGUUUCGACAAGAAGCUGGAGGCCAUCAGGGAGGAGUUCUACAACAGCGUCCUGGAGAGCCGCGACGUGGAUUCUGUUCUCACCUCAGGUCAGGUGUAUGAGCUGAUGCAGCAGAGGCAGGUCUCUGUGGAAGAGCUGGACCCGUCUCCUCUGGACCACAUAUUGGGGGAGAGCGGGGAGGCGGAGCCGCAGAGGCUGGAGGGCCGUGGCUCUGACGGCUUCCUGGAGUACGUCUUCAAACACGCUGCUAAGGAGCUGUUCGGCCUGGACGUGCAGGAGGUCACGUACAGCACGCUCAGAAACCGGGACUUCCAGGAGGUGACGCUGGAGCGCGACGGGGAGACGCUGCUCCACUUUGCCGCCGUCUACGGUUUCCGGAACAUUCAGACUCUGGUGCAUCGCAUGAAGAAAGGCCGCCUGCCGUACCAGCUGGUGGAGGUGCUGUCCUGCCCUGGAGGCUGUCUGAGCGGUCGCGGUCAGGCAGAGUCCGAGGAGGGGCGUCUGGACCGGGGCCUGGUGCAGCAGAUGGAGGAGGCCUACACCAGUCUCCCCGUCCGCCUCCCGCAGCUCAACCCGUCCAUCCACACGCUGUACCAGGACUGGCUCCAGGGCCGAGACUCCCCCCAAAGCCACGCCCUGCUCCACACCACCUACCGGACCCUCAGCCACAGCAGCCAGAAGCCCCCGCACAUGCAGUGGUGA